AUGGCGUCGGCGGCGCGGCGCCGGUGCCGGUGCUCGGUUCUGGGAUACUUGGGGUUUUCUGGGUUGCUCGUCUGCCCGCGCCGUUCGUCCCAAUCUCUUGGCUUGGGGGGUUAUCGAUUCCCUGCCCCCCCUCUCGGCAGUUGGGAAGCAGUUGAGGCAGGGUGUUUGGCCUGA